AUGUUGAGGACACAGAGAUGGAAUCUUCUUACUACUUUGAGAUUGGUUCAUCUCCGUUCAACUGAGACAGGUACUCUGAGAAAUGAUUUCUUCCAAAGCCCAUACGAUUUCUUCUGCUUGCAAGGCUUCUCUGGUCUCAGCAGCUAUCGAAAUCUCUCUUACAAAGAGAAAUUGAGAAGUGGACUCUUCAGUAUAAAGAAGGAUGAUGCUGUUGCUCUCUUUCAGUCCAUGAUUCUGUCUCGUCCUUUUCCUACGGUCAUUGAUUUCAACAGAUUGUUUAGUGGCAUUGCCAGGACAAAACAGUAUGAUCUAGUGCUAGCUCUCUGCAACCAAAUGGAAUUGAAUGGGAUUUCACAUGACCUCUACACGCUGAGUAUUGUCAUCAAUUGCUUCUGUCGGUGUCGUAAACUCGGUUUUGCUUUUUCUGCUAUGGGAAAGAACUUCAAACUUGGGUAUGAGCCUAACACAGUCACAUUUAACACCCUCCUCAAUGGCUUAUGUCUCGAGGGCAGAGUCUUUGAAGCUGUGGAGUUAGUUGAUUGUAUGGUCCUAAGCCAACAUGUACCAGAUCUCAUCACCCUCAACACUCUUGUCAAUGGGCUUUGUCUCCAAGAUGGACUCUCUGAAGCAAUGUCUUUGAUUGAUCGAAUGGUGGACUCCGAAAUGCAACCAAUGCAACCCCUUGAGUUCCACUUCAAAAGCAGUGAGUUCCCCAAGAGUUCCAAGAUACAAACUAAGUGUUUUGUGACCAAAACAGUAAAGCUCAUCAAGAGUAAGCCUGAGGCUGAAUGGUUCACAAGCCAUCCUCAGUUUCGACAUUUCUUCCACAUGCCAGACGAAGAUAACCUGAAGCUCACGGGGAUGUGGAUGUUACUCCUGCGCACCAUUUGUACUCCAGAAGAUGAUGUUGCAUGGUUUGCGGUUAAUGGUGUAACCAUCCGCUAUUCUAUGAGGGAGCAUGCCCUCAUUUCUGGCUUAGACUGCGGUGAUUAUCCACCAAACUACGAGAAAAAGAAGAUCACCAUCAGCGAUGUGAAGCAGAAGAUGUUGUCUAUGCCACCGUGUCCAGAUAGAUUGAAGAUGACUGUCUUGUUUUUUCUUAGUCGGGUUAUCAGAGGAAAGCCGAAGGAUUCUGGACAUUUAGACCUCUUCAUAUUAAGGAUGAUGGAUGAGUGA